CGAGUCGCCCCGCGGGCCCCGCGCGCUGCCAGCCCAAGCCGCGCACCGCGUCCUUGAGGGCCGCCACCAGCCCCUCCUCGAAGCGCUCCAUGGGGCGAGCCCUUACGCGUGAACAACAGGCGAAGGAGGAAACCACCCUGACCACAAAUCAUGAGCGGCGCAGGCGAGCACGUCGCUCCACGGACGGACGAGCCAACAGCCGUGGAGGAGGCCUGGCAGCUGGCGGGCCCGAGAGCCGAGCUGGAGAAGACGCCGUGCAGACGUCUCUUCUCCUCGUCGGGACCCGAGCGAGACGUGGCGAUCAUUCACGACGCCGCACGGGAUGCCUUACACGCCAUGGACGCCUGCUGCCCGCAUCAAGGUGGACCACUAAACGAAGGUGACAUUGAAGACAUAGGAGGGGAUUUGAAGAUUACGUGCCCUUGGCACUACUAUCAGUUUGAUGUAAAAACUGGAAAGUCAGACACCGGACUACAGCAAAGAGUCUACGAGGUGAAAGUUGAAGAUGGCUUGGUUUUUGUCAAGUGUCCUACCAAGCUGUCACUCACCCCAUUCAAGAAAUGAAAUAAAUCAGCAAGAGGCUCAGCCACACUUCCAAAAUUGUCCACAUUAAGGCAUCAUGCUGCUAUUUAAAGUACCUGUACGUGCCAAUAUAACAAUGCGGUAUAACGCAUAUUGAAAGUAUGGCCUUGGCCAGUAGUUCUCAACCUUUUGUUUUCCGUGUACCCCUACAAGACAUAUGAACUGCUCACUCAACCCUGCCAGCUAUGAUAGAAUUAAUUAAAUAACUGAAUAAUUGCUUAUUACAUUAUACUCAUAAUUAAAACCUAUGACGUUUAAUUAACUUUUAAUAACCGAACAAUUAAGGAACCUUAAUUUAACUUAUCACCAUGAAGUAGAGGAGGUAGGCCUGAGAGAUUUUCUAUUGGAAUUGAAUAAUUAUUUUAGUGUACAUUUUGUACCAUAUAUAUGUAAUAAAGAAAAUAGAGCAUUCGUGGAACAUGUGGCAGACUGAGGACAUCCAAGUGCACAAGUUUCUUCAAAUCCAUGAAACAGAUAAGUAUAUAGCUUUAUCAUUGCUGGUCCACAAAGAGCAACGUGGCUUAGUAUGCGACCACUGUCAUUGCCUGUGUGCCGUCCCUCUGCACCCCACCCUCCAAGGGGUAUUGGAAUUUCAAGUUGCGAACUGAUGGCACGGACUUAGAGUAAGAUUCUCACUUGGACGAAUGCUGAAUCAUAUUUCUUGUAAAAAAAAGUAUCAGCAUCUCAAUUCGUAAUGUUCUUAUAAAACAUGAAAAAAUAGCUAAUGUCAAAAUGACAAUGAUACCCAUAAUCUUGAUUGCAAAGGCGCAAUCGGAUCCUUUCCAAAAUCCUAAGUAAUAUUCUUUUGUUGAAUUACUUUCCUCUGCACUGGGUAUUUUUUUACAUCGCAUUGACUGCAAGGCUGUCUGCCAGUAGCAACACUCGCUAAAUAUGCUUUUAUCUUCAGCUUCACAUGUUAGCGUGCCAGCAAUACUACUGAAGGCAUCCAACCGCAUCAUAUUAAGUCACAUGCAUAGAACACACUUAAGAACCCUGUUAAAGUAAGUGUGCCAAUGUACAUUUUGAAAGUGCUCACAUCAAGUGUAAUGUGCACCUGCCACACCUUAAAUAAAAUUGUUGCGAAUCCAGGAAAGACGUUGGCUCAAGAUAAAAUCGCCCAGAUGCUGCUUGCGAAUUUUGAAGCCAAGCGUCAUAAAUACACACAUUUCUGGAAUAUGAAUAUAUUGUCUUUAUUUUAAUAACGUGUUUUCUAAUACAAAGCUUACAAUAUUAAAAUAAAGUUGUUUGAAAACA